AUGGAUUUGAAAUUCAAUGCUGCAGAAUGCCAAAUGGACACUCUUUCAGCUGGACUCUCUUUUUACAGUUGCAUGAUCUCUUCAUGGAUAGCAGCUGCAGCUGGAUCAUCAUCAAUAUCGUUUCACAGCUGCAUCUACUACAGCUGGAUUCUUACUGUUCACGCCACUAUUCACGUUGCUGCUGCAGCUG